UUUUGUCAGAAAUCAAAAUCACCCAUUCGUAGUGGUUUCAAGAUGAUUUCUCUAUUCCACCGUUUUUCCAGCUAUAUUAAUUUAUUUAUUUAUAUGUUUUUUCCAUUUGCCAAUGCUUUGGAUAGGUCUAGCCAAUGGAAAACGAAAUAAAUGAAGGAUGAUCCAACCAAAUCACAUGAACAUAUGGUUAAUUCCAAUAUUCAUUUGUUCGAUCCCUUUAUCCGGGGCAUAUAAAUCCAUCGCGAGGCUAACUAACGGUAACCUAACAUCCUCUACUACACCUGCCCAAUUAAUCGUUAAUAAAAAUUCGCUCGUUCAUUCCCACGAAGGAGACGAUCACGUAAUCAAAAUUUUUCUCGUAACUACGAAUGCCGAAUUCAUAUUUUUUGGGGAGGCACUCCCCCGCUACAAGGUCCAAAUAACCCCGGCCUCACUUCAUCUUGAGAACCCAACCAUUUCGAUAAAUUGUUAUCAAGACAAAACAUUAUUUCGCCGACAAUCCAAUAUAACCCGCUCAACUACGCGGUUCAAAAUAUUACCGACUAAAAAUAUUGAUUCUUACGAUGAUCCGGAAAAAAUUUAUCAGCUGGAGAUACGAGGUUGUCACUUAAAUAUCAAUCCGCGCUUUAGUAACACCUCGAGAAACUCGUUAAUCGCGAUAUUUGCAUUCGAAGUAACCCAAGGUUCCGUUCAGAAUACGCGUAUUAUAAUACCCAACAAGUUUACCGUCAGGAAUUCAGCUAUAUCGUUUUUCGAGAAGGACUUUAGCGAUACCAAUGACGUCAACAGCGACCCCGAUUUUUCAUCUAUGAGAGACCCCUUGAAGAAGCUGAACAGUAUACGGUUUAUCGACGAUGAAUUUUUAUUGGAUACUCAUCAUCGGAUACCUAUCCUAAAAAGAUUGAUUACCGUUAUUGGAGAUCGCCUUAGAAGUGUGGAUCUAUCUGGAAGUCGUUUACUUAGUGUCGAUGGGCACGUAGGAUACGAAGGCUGGGUGAAAGACUUUUUGAUUGAUGAUAAGUAUAACGUAUCUAUAAACAACAACUACUAUGAAAAUAUAGAAGAACUGAGGCUAGAGGGAUGCCAGGUAACGGAAGCAAUAUGGAGCGUUAUUCCUAACUUCUUCGGAUUGCGGGCGUUAUUCCUAGGUUUUAAUAACCUAACAUCUCUAUUCCAAGAAGGACUCAUUGUAACUGUAAAUCAUACGCACCCAGUGAACAAUGAACUAAGCAAAUGCUUGCCGCCUAAGCUCGAAUCUCUAGAUUUAUCUAACAAUUGUAAGAACCAAUCUCCAACAUCGUUUUAUAAAAAGUCAUCCAUCAAAUGCGAUACCUCUCCUAGCCUAAAGCAUUUGAUGUUGGGGGGAAAUAGAUUGACAUCUUUUCCGGCUCAGCUUAUUCUGACUUUAAAUGCAACGAAUAUAACAAAAUUGGACUUGUCUCACAACCAAAUAUCUUUCCUGAAAACGAAUUCAAUUCCCUCCACCUACGUCAAUUCCAUUCAAAUUUUAAACGUUUCCUACAACUUUAUGGAGACGCUCUCGGUUGAAGCCUUUAGCGGGAUGCGAGAAUUAGCUCGAUUAGACCUGUCGCAUAAUGCGUUAGAUUUGAUAGAUGCCCCUCAAUAUUUUAGGGAUAUCCCUUACCUGACACAUUUAAAUUUGAGUUUUAAUAUAUUUUCCGAUUUAAAGGGGUUAUUUACGUAUACGGGGAAUUUGAAAGAUCUGGAUAUAGGCAAUAACGAUAUUAAAAACCUCAACCUUUGCGAUAUAUCUUCCUCCGUUGAAUUAUUAAAUGCCACUCAAAACAGUAUAUCCAUAGUUACCUAUUCUAUUUGCGCAGAGGAUCAUGGAUCAUCUAUUACCGUUUUGGACCUGUCAUACAACGGGAUCGACAGGUUAACCGUAAAUUCGUUUCCUCGAAGUUUAUCCAAACUUAUUCUAGUAGGAAAUAGGAUCACUCAAUUAGGAGACAAUCAUCAGCUGUUCUUCGCGAAUUUACCCAACCUAAAAAUGCUCAAUUUAGAAUUCAACCUUAUUUCCAAUUUAUCUUCCAAAUUGUUUUUGAACCCUUUUUUAUCCCACGAAGCUCCUAACGUGCGAGUCGCCUUAAAGGGUAACCAACUACUUUGUGAUUGUCACUUUGAUUGGAUUGCUGACAUAUACUUUCUCGUUAACACUUCUAAUAUUCCUAGUGGAGUUCUAAUAUUGGACGAUCUCCGGGAAUUACGAUGUUUUGAUCCAUAUCGAAAAUUUCAAAUUUUAGUGGUUGAUGCCAUUUACCUGAAAUUGCCCUUUGUAUGCCCGUACACCGACCAUUGUUUCCCGAUGUGCCGAUGCUGCCAAUUCUUUUACUGCGAUUGCAAGUUGAUCUGUCCUAAGGGAUGUUCUUGUUACAGCGAUGCAACCUGGAACUUUAACGCCGUUGUUUGCGAUUCACUGGCGUUGACGCAUGUCCCCGAGCAAGUCCCCAAGUUCGCUACAGUGAUUAAGAUGGGUGGAAACAACCUUACUAUAAUUAGGAAAGCCACAUUUUUCGCCCUCUUUGAACUAAAGGAACUUUACCUGAAUUCUAGCAAAAUAAUGGAGCUGGAGAAUAAGGCAUUCGCGAGAUUGACCCGCCUGGAGUUCCUGGAUCUCAGCAAUAAUUUGUUGACUCAUUUGGCUCCCGAUAUGUUUGAAGGCACGUUCUCCAUCAAGUUUCUUAAUUUGAGUCGGAAUCGUUUGACAGUCUUAGAUUACAAACAAUUUGCCGCGAUUUAUUCGUCAAACCUUAAAACGUUAGACCUGAGUUACAAUUUACUUCACAGCUUAGAUUCUAAAUUUUUAUCCGGCUAUUCUUUAUCGCCUUCUUUAGUGGCCGGCAUCUUGUCGAACGAUGAAAUGAAUCAUAACCAGAAAUCACUUGAUAAUCGUUCGAUAUAUCUUUCUCACAACCCUUUGAGCUGCCAGGACUGUCAAUUGUUCCAAAUCAUCGCGAAUACGACUCGAUCCAUCGUAGCCGAUUUGGAUGAUUUGAGUUGCAAAUUGACUCUUCCGGUUGAAAUGGAAUCCGAGUUGUUGAUCAAAUUUUUUACCAACGGUGCCCCUGUAACCUCUUAUGCCACGGACGGAAAUUAUUCUACGGCACAUUUAAACGAUUCCUAUUUAGACCUUAAUGUGAGGGAAAUAUGGCCAGUUUGUCCUAACUACGAAUUCGGGGACACGGUACUGAAAGCAAUUGUUCGGGUCAAGCUUUCUCGAUCUGACAUAGUGCAUCAUAGGGUUCAAUUAUCUCCGUAUUCCACGGAAUCAGCUACACCGUCUUCGGUACAAUACAGCACCGAAGAAUACGAAACAUUAUUAACGUUUAACGGCACCUCGGGAUGGCUAAAAUCGAUUUAUCAAUCGGAAAAAAUUAACGCCACUAAUUAUGAUAGUAAGCACGUGAUCGAAGGAGUCAUCAAUAAAACUGGAAAGGGAAUCCCAGUCGAGAAUAAUUUUAAAACUUGGACAUCUACGACCAUCUUUAGGGUUCUCCUGAUCGGACUAGUUGCCAUACUGGCUUUAACCGGUAUUUUCGGGUUCGUCUCUUUUAUUCGCAAUAACAGCGAACUUUCUUUGAAGGAUAAGAUAGUUCAACGAAUCAGCAGGCCACCGCCUCCUUGUUUUGACCCUCUUCUUCGCGGAUCCGAUGAUCAAUCUGCCCAAAGCGGACUCAAAAUGGAAUCCGAUGUGUCCACGAAAUAUUAUUGGUCGGAAUACCAAAAGAUGGUAGCACCUUCCAACAACCACACCAAAUCGAUGAUCGGAAAUAAAUCGGACCAUAUACCGAACUGCUAUUCGUCGAAAGUUUCCACUCUUUUAAACCGAUUCCGACGCGAGCCUCGAAUAUCCAUAUACGAUUAUGACGUUUUCGUAUCCUACGCCCACAAGGAAACCUCUUUUGUCAGAUCAGUCCUCGUACCGGGGUUGGAACGAGCUCGCAAGUACAAGCUCUGCUUAGAAUUUUCUCGCGAAACCUUUCUCACCGAAGUAGUCAACGCCUGCGCCCAAGAUAGCCGCAAGAUAGCCUUCAUCCUGACGCACGAUACUUACGAGGGGAUCAGGCGAAUGUCUGCUAACCAACAUGAGACACCGAUUAAUACGAACAUCAUUGUUAAAACAGAGUCGAGGGAAGUAGUACAUCUGUAUCAUGAGUUAUGUCUCGGGUCGACCCGUCGCGAUAACAACGCGGUUAUAACUAUUAUUGUGCCCGAUCACACUUUUCAGUAUAUGGCGGGUAAGGCUUCGAACCUUACUAAUCGUCGCAACAAUACUUCUCAUCAAGUGUAUAGCUACUCCGAUGUCGCUCUAAGCUUUAUGACACAACCCGUGGUGAUGUAUGACGAUCAUUUAUUUUGGGAAAAAUUAUGCGUCUUCAUAGGGCCUCCCAGCAGUUGUGCCCGUAUUAUCAAAAAACCUAUAACAGAAUUGUAAAAUUAAAUUUUUAGCCAUCAUCUUUAUCAACUACAAAAUCGUGCAAUAGGGAUAUAAUAA